AUGAAAACUGUUGGCCACAUUGUGCAAAUGGACGCAUCCUCCAGGAUACCGGUACUAGCUAGUACCAAGAGAGUGGCGUCCUCCUCCGUCUCGAAUACUCGUGUCCAACGUCUCCCGUGCGAUGAUUGCCUUCUGUUGGCUUCGCCCCGUCUUUCAUUGGAUCUGAACCUGGAGCCGGAUCAUCUUACCGACGAUGCCCCAUCGUUUCGUCAACCCGUCUCACUUUUUGCAAACAUGCAGUUUGAAUUGCGGCCGGCCUGGGUGCGAUUGCGACGGGUGAACACAACGCGGACAAACAAAAGACGUCUCAACAGACUGGCAAGCCAUGAGGUCGAAACUUGA